AGGACCAAAGCGGGAACGGGAGGGUGGACUCCAAGCCUAAUAAGCGGAGCGCCCGGUCUUCCGUCCAAGCCUUUCAUCUGCCCGCUGUCGGGAUGCCCCGGACCAGCCAGCGGAAGGUGGAAGGCUGCCUGGAUUCCUAGACAGCGAGCUAGGGAAGCGACCUGUCAGCCGUCGCUCUCCAGGCCAGUCCUGGCUCAAGGGCGUUUGUCCCACGGCAAAACGAGGCGGCGUGGACGCGGGAACGGAUCCAGGACUCUUUCCUGCCCAAGACAACCCGGUCGAGCUUCGCGGGUGGGAGGCUCCUUCCUCGGGUUCAGCCACCGCCUCCCGCCCGGCACCAGGUCUCCGUCUCCUUCCCUUCCUCCGCCACUGGCUCUCCUGCUGAGGAGGAGGGAGGGCGCCCCACCAUGCCGCCCCGGAGACCUUGAUUGGGAGCGCUCUCUUUCUCUCUCUCUCUCUCCCCCCUUUGCUCGCCCUGCUCCGACGGCCGGAGGGGCUCGCCGACCCCGGGGGUUUUGCAGCAACUGCGCCCGCUCAGCCUAGCCUCGGGAAGGAAGGACGACGUCUAGGAAGAGGGUAGGAGACGACCAUGCAGAGCUGGACUAAGUUCUCCUCCCGCCCUCUCCUCUUCCUAGCCGCGCUCCUGGUGGUGGAGGGUUCCCAGCUCGACGGCACGAAGGCGAACGCCAUCAAGGCCACCCUCAUGGGCGAGACGCCGACCCAGGCGGCCAACCGGUCGCUCCCCUUCCACCAAGGACUCUCUCUGGGGAGCGGCAAGAAAGGCAAACUCUUCGGCCAGGGCGGGAAAGGCCUCAAGCAUUAUCACCGACAAAGCGAGGCUUAUCCUUGCACUAAUGAUAAAGAAUGUGAAGUUGGGAAGUAUUGCCAUAGUCCCCAUCAAGCUACAUCUACCUGCAUGGUUUGUAGAAGGAAGAAGAAACGUUGCCACAGAGAUGGCAUGUGCUGUCCUGGAAACCGCUGUAACAACGGUAUUUGUAUACCAGUGACUGAGAGCAUUCUCACACCCCAUAUUCCAGCUCUAGAAGUGCCUCGCAAUAAAAAAAGUAAUCACUAUCCCACCAAGGAUUUGGGCUGGCAAAAUCUAGGGAAAGGACAAUCUAAGCUGACACAUGCAAAAGGUCAUGAAGGAGACCCUUGCUUAAGGUCCUCUGAUUGCACAGAAGGGUUUUGUUGUGCUCGCCAUUUUUGGACCAAAAUUUGCAAGCCGGUGCUACACCAAGGAGAGGUAUGCACCAAACAGCGGAAGAAAGGUUCCCAUGGAUUGGAGAUUUUCCAGCGAUGUGACUGUGCCAAAGGGUUAUCAUGUAAAAUCUGGAAAGAUGCUACAUAUUCUUCAAAAGCAAGACUUCACAUGUGCCAGAAGAUCUGAGGUGGGAUUUGAAAAUGUGUCACCGGCAGGCCUUGACAAGUGUCUAUUGCAUAGACUACGGUGGAAAAAAAUGUAAAUAAGAAAUGACUGGCCUAAAUAUCCUUUGUGGCAAGAAAAAGCACCAUCUCCACAGGUGUUAUAAUUCAGCUUGGAAGUACGGCUGACAGCAGAUGGAUGUUCUUUUUAGUGUGAUGCCAUUCGACAGUGGGGCCAAAGAUUUGCAACAAAGCUCUACUGAUAGUUUUGUGACUUCUCCAUAUUAGUGGUUAGCUGGUUUAUCCCAUUCUGAUGAUAAAAUAGGAUAUAUUUACAAUACAGAGCAGCACUUUGCCAAAAUAUACUUCUAUCUAUCAACACAUACUUGUAUACUGAAUAAUAACUUCAUAAAGUUCCCAGCAAACUAAAGGUGUUAGAAAUAAAGGAGGAAGUUACUGCAUAUGUAACUAUGGACUUUAUUGUUUUACAAUCCAUACAAUAAUUCUAUGUUAAGAUAUGUGAAUAGAGGCAGUUAAGCUAGGGUAAUAAUCUAGAUUCAUAUUUCUCAAGCUUAGCAAUUUAGCUAUACUGGCUGGGGAAUUCUGAGUUUUGAAAUCCAGAUAUCUUAAAUUGCCAACAGUAAAAAAACACUUAUCUAGAUUCACAUAAAUGAUAUAAACAGACUUCAUAACUCAAACUGAUACUACUUCAUUUAUUGUAGCUAAUGACUCCCAUUAACUUGCUUUACUGGUUUAUUGAUAGCCCCAUGGACUUACAGUGAGAACAGACUAUUCAUUACUACAUCCAAAAUGGAAUAAUACACCAAGGUACUGGUUGUAAAUAUUAGGGAGUAGAGGUUUACAUUAUGAAUUAUUCUUUAUUUUUGCUCUUAAAGUGGGCAUUCAGGAUCAUUAAACCUGUUCUGCUAAAUAAUGUGUCAUAAGGGUUUUAGAUCACAACAUAAACCAUGAUAUGUCAGUGACAAAAAAAAUGGUAAUAACUUUGAAAGUACUGAGAUUAACAUGUGUCAUAAGAAUAUGGUAAAUAUGUUCUGAAUGCACCUUAGGAAUGUGGUUGGCAUUGGCACUACCGGAUUGCUGUACGUAUAUCAAUGGAGUUCACUUCAGCAGUAUUAAUGGUCUAGUAAAAUGGAUACCAAUUUCUGCUCUUUUCUGCUCCAUUCAGCAUCCUUAUAUGUACUUUCACAGUGCUGAUAUCCCCAUGGUAUGAUCUGGGUACAUUUAGGAGACCGAUUGUUCCUCUUUGCUUAAAAGGAGGAAAGAAUUGUGUUUGUAUGUUUGUGUAUGUGUUCUAAUUCUGUUCAUUUUGUUUUAUUUUCAUGUGAGUUUAUCCUUCAUGUGAGUUUAAUAUGCUGAGGCAACAUGCCAUUUGUAAUGUCUGUUAAAAAUGGAGCAAUCAAAGGUAACCAACAACAAUAGCAACAAAGUGUUUUGUAGCUAGCAAGUUUUUUCCUGACUUUCUGAAGCCACAAAAUGGCCAUGUUUUGCAAAAAUUAAAGUUUAUCUGUAAUUAAUUUAUAUUUCAAAACCCAUGAGUAAAUAUCAGCCAAAUGCUACAUGCUUUUCAUGUCUAUUAAAAAAUACUUUCAAACCAUUUUCCAUUUCAGUGCCAAACUGCAACUUCAGAAAGUACCUAAAUUAUCUAAACGCAUAUGGUAGUGGUAAAGUAAUUUGCAGCCUGUCCUUCAUUGUUUAUACAUUAAAAAGGCAAGAAAGUGGAUUUUGGCAGAGGUGUUUAUAAUUCUCUAAGUUUUAGUUCUGCUUUAGAAACAGAACUUCAUAAUCCUUUGAUGGGAAUUCAGAAUAAACCAUGAAACUAUGCUAACAGUCCAGUUGGUAGACUCCUUAGUCCAGUAUUAAUAGGAUAUUAUAUGUUCUAAUUCCCUCCCAUACUAUUCAUGUAGUUUAUUUUAAUGUACAUGAUCUAGGAGGAAAAAUUGAUAUUAUGUGCAAAUUUGUUUUAUGAAUUUUAGACAGUAUUGCUUAAAAUAAAAAGUAGCUUUGACAGAUAGUAAUAAGACAAUGCAGAUUUAGCUUUCUCUGGCUUGAUUGUUCUGCUUAAAAUAUCCCAAGACAUUGCCCCAUCCAUUUAUGUUUCAGAUAUGCAUUUCCUGUGGCAAACUUCUCCCUGGAACUUCAUUCAAGAAAAGCAGCUUGAGGAAGAAAUUAGAAAACUGUUUUUUACGUCAAUUGUUCCUGCUACCAACAGAUUAUUAGCUCUGAAGCAC